GCUUCCGGCGCACGGGCAUGGGCCCUGAGCCGGGAUGCGGCCCCCUGAGGCUCGGUGAGCGAUGCGCUGGCUGCCGCCGCUGGCUCGCAGGGUCGCCGUGUCCGCCGUGGGCUGCGGCCGGGGCUGUUACGGGUUCGCCAUGUUCUACGCGGUCCGGAGGGGCCGUCGCACCGGGGUCUUCCUGAGCUGGAACGAGUGUCGUGAACAAGUGGACCGAUUUCCUGCUGCCAGAUUUAAGAAAUUUGCCACAGAAGAUGAAGCCUGGGCCUUUGUCAGAAACUCUGCAAGCCCUGGUGGUUCAGAAGACCAGAAAAAUACACGUGAACAUGAGCCACAGGUGGAGGCCAGCAAGCGACUUCGGGAACCUCUGGAUGAAGAUGAAAGUGUAGAGCCAUGUGCAAAGCAUAAAAGACAGAGCUCAGAAGUGACACCUGUCAUUAGCAAAGACACAUUUUCUUAUAUGGGAGAUUAUGUCGUUGUCUACACUGAUGGCUGUUGUUCCAGUAAUGGGCGCAGGAGAGCGCGGGCAGGAAUUGGCGUUUACUGGGGACCCGGCCAUCCUUUAAAUGUUGGCAUUCGACUUCCUGGACGACAGACAAACCAAAGAGCAGAGAUCCAUGCGGCCUGCAAAGCCAUCGAGCAAGCCAAAGCCCAGAACAUCAGCAGAUUGGCUCUGUAUACGGACAGCAUGUUCACCAUAAAUGGGAUAACGAACUGGGUUCAAGGCUGGAAGAAGAACGGGUGGAGGACAAGUGCGGGCAAGGACGUGAUCAACAAGGAGGACUUCGUGGCUCUGGAGCAGCUCACCCGGGACAUGGACAUCCAGUGGAUGCACGUUCCUGGUCAUUCGGGAUUUGUGGGUAAUGAGGAAGCUGACCGAUUGGCAAGAGAAGGAGCAAAGCAGUGUGCAGACUGAGCUCUGGGAGCCUGGGCCAGUGCUGCUCCUUCCGCUUGCUGGCCUUCACCGAGCCUACCAGUGCCGCCAUGAGCAGCACACAGGGCGCUCCCGCUGUGGGCGUGGUACGGUGUGACCGGACGCAGGAUGACAGACAUGAUAUGUGACCUGGUGUGACACAUGUGGCAGUUCCCUGAGACUUCAGCUUUACAAAGACUGGACUUGAUGCUCUUCUGGUUUAUCUGUUGCUAUCUGGCCCCAAAUAGUUGGGCUUAGGUUUUACUAAGGAAUCAAUAAAACGUGGUUUAAAAGAU